AUGCUGUUCCUGGUUUUCUCUCUUACCCUGUCCAUGGGGUGGACCGGUGCUGUGACCCUGACCCAGUCUCGGAUUGUGGGAGGCUGGGAGUGUGAGAGGCAUUCCCAACCCUGGCAUGUGGGUGUGACUCAACAUGGCUUCGCAUACUGUGGGGGCAUCUUGGUGCACCCCCAGUGGGUGCUCACAGCCGCCCAUUGCUCCAUAUAUACUGGUAACACUGGUCAGGUCUGGCUCGGUCGGCACACGUUGUCUGAAGAUGAGGACACAGCCCAGGUGAUCAAAAUCAAUCAGACCUUCUUACACCCGCGCUACAACACCAGCCAUCUGAAGCACAAAACACUUGAGAAGUCAGAGGACAGCAGCCACGACAUCAUGCUGCUCCACCUGUCGGAGCCCGCCAAUAUCACAGACGCUGUGAAGGUUGUGGACCUGCCCACCCAGGAACCAGAAGUGGGGAGUAUCUGUUACACCUCUGGCUGGGGCAGCAUUCACCCAGAUAAUUUCGUGCGCCCAAGGAGUCUCCAGUGUGUGGAUAUCAUACUCCUGUCCAAUGACAGGUGUAAAGAAGCGUACACUGAAGCGGUGACAGAAUUCAUGUUGUGUGCUGGGAGCUGGAAUGGUGGCAAAGACACCUGUUUGGUGAGCCACCCCAGCCCCUAA